AGGAGCACAGUGCCUGUGAAGGCGCUCUGAAGAUCACACUACAUGUCCUUAAGAAAAUGGACCAAAGAGAGCUUGCUAACAAACUAGAGAAACACAUUUAUGGCGAGCUUGACGUCUGCCAGCGCAAACUCCGACACAAACUGAAAAAGUUUGAAUACAUUUAUGAGGGGACGGCAAAACACGGGACCCAGACGCUUCUCAACAAGGUCUACACUGAGCUCUACGUCACAGAGGGAGAUGCUGGGACCGUCAACAAUGAACACGAAGUCAGGCAGAUCGAGGCUGCCACCAGGAGACGAGCGACCGAAGACAAGCCAAUCAAAUGUGAAGACAUCUUUAAGCCCCUGCUUGGACAGGACCGAUUCAUCAGAACCGUGCUGACGAAAGGAAUCUCUGGCAUCGGAAAAACAAUCUCGGUUCAGAAGUUCAAUCUGGAAUGGGCAGAGGGAAGAGUUAACCAGGAUAUCCAGCUCCUAAUUAAUCUUCCGUUCCGGGAGCUGAAUCUGUUGGAGGGACGCUUCACACUGACGCAGCUUCUUCAUCAUUUUCUUGCAGAGGCAAAAGAAUCAGGAAUUUCGAAUUUCGGCGAAUACAAGCUUGUGCUGAUAUUCGAUGGGUUGGAUGAGUGCCGGCUUCCCCUGGACUUCGAUCACAACAAGCGCUGCCCCAGCGCCUCUGAGCCAGCUUCAGUGGAUGAACUACUGACAAAUCUCAUCCAGGGGUACCUGCUGCCCUCUGCACACAUCUGGAUUACCUCCAGGCCGGCAGCUGCAAGUCGCAUUCCAAUUGGUCUCGUUGACCGUGUGACGGAGAUCCGAGGGUUCAACAACCCCCAGAAGGAAGAGUACUUCAGGAAGAAGAUCUCCGAUCAAAACAUGGCCGGUAGAGUCAUCUCACACGUCAAGUCAACCAGGAGCCUCCACAUCAUGUGUCACAUACCAGUCUUCAGCUGGAUAACUGCCACCGUUCUGCAGAGGAUUUUGAAACUAACGGAGGAAGGGAUCAAAGGAGAAAUGCCAAAAACUCUGACGCAAAUGUACACAAAUUUUCUGGUAUACAACUCCGUGAUCAGAACUCGAAAGUAUUCAGAAGGAAAAGAGGAAACACCGUCCCAGGUGGAAAUGGAUGAAGAGAUGAUCUUGAAGCUUGGAAAACUGGCCUAUGAGCACCUGAUGAAGGGCAACAUGAUCUUCUAUGAGAACGAGCUGAAUGAGUACAACAUCAACGUCACCGACGCCGCAACAUAUUCAGGAGUGUUCACACAGAUCUGGCUGAAUGAUUUCGGCGUCUGUGUGGAGAAGGCCUAUUGCUUUGUGCACCUCAGCAUUCAGGAGUUUUUGGCCGCAAUGUAUAUUUUCCACUCCUUCAUCUGCUUCAAUCAGAACUUGCUGGACCCACAAGAAACCGCCACUGUCCAGGAGGCUCCCAGUGAAGCAACCAACCUUCUCAAGAGUGCAGUGGACAAGGCCUUGCAGAGUGAGAACGGACACCUGGAUCUUUUCCUGCGCUUCCUUCUCGGCCUCUCACAGACAUCCAAUCAGGCGUUGCUGAAGAGGGUCCUGACCACAAUGGGGAGCAUUUCACCGAGGAAUGAGGAAAUUGUCGAGUACAUCAAGGAGAAGAUCAGGCAAGAUCCCUCCCCAGAGAGAUGCAUCAAUCUCUUCCACUGCCUCGGUGAGCUGAAUGAUCAGUCGCUUUUGGAGGAAAUCCAGAACUACCUGAGCUCUGGUGGUUUGUCAGGGACGCAACUGUCACCUUCGCAGUGGUCUGCUCUGGUCUUUGUGUUGCUGACCUCAAAGGAAGAGUCGGAUGAGUUUGACUUGAGGAAAUACUCUAGAUCAGAGGAGGGUCUUCUGAGGCUGUUACCAGUGAUCAAAGAAUCGAGAGUAGCCUUGCUUAAAGAAUGUAACCUAACAGAGAAAUGCUGCGAAGCACUUGGGGCCAUUCUCAGCAAUCCAUGUCUGAAAGAGUUGGACCUGAGUGACAAUGACCUGCAAGACUCGGGAAUAGAGCUGCUGUCUGCUGGACUGGCAAGUCAGACAUGUAAGCUGGAAAAACUGAGGCUGUCAUUCUGUGGAAUCACAGAGGUUGGGUGUGGCUUUUUGGAUAAAGCCCUGCGGACCAACCCCACCCACCUGAAGGAACUGGAUCUGAGUUACAAUCAUCCGGGACAACGAGGGAUGGAGCUGCUGUCCUGUUUACAGAAGGACAUUGAACACCUCACUAUCAGCAUCAACGGCAAUGCAGAGUGCUACCUUAAAUCAGCUCUGAAGAAAUAUGCAUGUGAGCUUACCAUGGAUCCGAAUACUGCCCAUUCACACUUGUCCUUUUCUGAAGACAACAAAAAAACAACGCGAAUGGAAACGGCUCAGCCGUACCCUGACAGCCCAGAGAGAUUUACAGACUGGGGACAAGUUCUUUGUAGAGAGGGUCUGUCUGCUCAGUGCUACUGGGAGGUAGAGUGGACUGGGGAAUGGAUCGCUAUAGGGGUGGCUUAUAAAGGAAUCAGCAGGAAAGCAACAGGUAACGAUUGUGUCUUUGGCUACAAUGAUAAGUCCUGGAGUCUGCGCUACUGUAACGGCAAAUACACAGUCUGGUACAAUAAGAAUGAUACAUACAUACAUGUCCCCUACUUUGACUCCAAAAGGGUUGGGGUGUUCUUAGAUUGGUCCGCUGGCACUCUGACCUUCUACGCCGUAACACCAAACUCCAUGACGCACCUGCAUACGUUCCACACUAAAUUCUCUGAGCCACUGUAUCCAGGCUUAAGGCUGGGGUUUCCUGGUUCCACAUUAAUUCUGUGCCAGCAAGAAGACCCUUAAAUACCCCUAAAUAUUCAAUGUAUAUGUUCAUAAAACAUGUGCAUAGAAUAAAUCAAGGCUGCAAACAAGGCUAUCAAUGCAAACAUCAUGGUGAAAAUAAAGGGAUUUCAGAUGGGCUUUGUUUCUAACACGCUAUUAAUGUGUGAGUGUUUGUAUCAAGUUAGUUUUCUAGCAGAACUCUCACUGG